AUGGAAAAGCAGGGCUGCAGUGAGACGGAAAUAGUCUCAUCAGAGUCUUACUCCUUCAUCAAGUUGUUGAAGGUCAACCGGGAGCAUCUGGUCACUCACAUCCGAAACACUCAGUGUCUGCUGGACAACCUGCUGCAGAAUGACUACUUCUCCACUGAGGAUGCAGAGAUCGUGUGUGCCUGCCCCACGCAGCCCGACAAGGUCCGCAGAAUUCUGGACCUGGUACAGAGCAAGGGCGAGGAGGUGUCCGAGUUCUUCCUCUACGUCCUCCAGCAACUCGCAGACGCUUAUGUGGAUCUCAGAUCUUGGCUGUCAGAGAUCGGCUUCUCCCCUUCCCCGCUCAUUCAGAGCAAAGCUGUUGUCAACACUGACCCAGUGAGCAGAUACACUCAGAAGCUGAGGCAGCAACUGGGCCGGGACUCCAAGUUCAUCCUGUGCUACGCGCAGAAGGAGGAGCUGUUGUUGGAGCAGAUGUACACGGACACGGUGGUGGAGCUGGUCAACUUCAGCAACGAGAGCCUGGGCAGCCUGGACAGCCUGGCCUGCCUCCUGGAUGCAUCCACGGGCGUCCUCAACGAGGAGGGUGAGACCAUUUUCGUGUCUGGCGAUGCAGGCAUGGGCAAGUCCAUGCUCCUGCAGCGGCUGCAGAGCCUCUGGGCAGCGGGCCAGCUGGACCCAGGGAUCAAGUUCUUCUUCCACUUCCGCUGCCGCACCCUCAGCUGCUUCAAGGAGAGCACGGCACUGUGUCUGCAGGACCUGCUCUUCAAGCAUUACUGCUACCCAGAGCAGGACCCUGGGGAGGUUUUCGCCUUCCUGCUGCGCUUUCCCCACACGGCGCUCUUCACCUUCGACGGCCUGGACGAGCUGCACUCAGACUUCGACCUGAGCAGCGAGCCCGACACCUCCUCCCCUUGGGAGCCCGCCCACCCGCUGGCCCUGCUGGCCAGUCUGCUCAGUGGGAAGCUGCUCAAAGGGGCGCGCAAGCUGCUCACGGCGCGCACGGGCGUCGAGGUCCCGCGACAUCUCCUCUGGAAGAAGGUGCUCCUGCGCGGCUUCUCCCCCAGCCACCUGCGCGCCUACACCGGGAGGAUGUUCCCCGAGCGCGCCACGCGCCAGCGCCUGCUGGAUCAACUGGAGGCCAACCCCAACCUCUGCAGCCUGUGCGCGGUGCCCCUCUUCUGCUGGAUCAUCUUCCGGUGCUUCCAGCACUUCCACGACGCCUUUGAGAGCUCCCCGCAGCUGCCUGAUCUCACGGUGACGCUGACUGACGUCUUCCUGUUGGUCACCGAGGUCCACCUGAACAGGACGCAGCCCACCAGCCUGGUGCAGCAGAACACGCGGAGCCAGACGGAGACCUUCUGCGCCGGCCGGGACACCCUGUGCUCGCUGGGCCGGGUGGCUCACAGGGGCAUGGAGAAGAGCCUCUUCGUCUUCAACCAGGAUGAGGUGCAGGCGUCCGAGGUGCGGGAGGGGGACCUGCAACUGGGCUUCCUUCGGGCCGUGCCGGAGCUGGACCUCGGAGGGGAACAGGAGUCCUAUGAGUUCUUCCACCUAACUCUCCAGGCCUUCUUCGCUGCCCUCUUUCUAGUGGUGGACGACAAGGUGGGCACUCGGGAGCUGCUAAGGUUCUUCCAGGAGUGGACUCCUCCCGGGGAGGCUGUGGCCACAUCGACCUGCUAUCCUCCUUUUCUCCCCAUCCAGUGCCUGGGGGGCCACGGCCUGCAUGGGGAAGACCCCUUCAAGAACAAGGAUCACUUUCAUUUCACCAACCUCUUCCUGUGCGGGCUGUUGUCCAAAGGCAAACAGAAACUCCUGCGGCAUCUGGUGCCCGCCGCUGCUCUGCGGCGAAAACGCAAGGCCCUGUGGACUCACCUGUUUGCCAGCCUGCGCUCCCACCUGAAGAACCUGCCCCGGGUUCAGUCUGGGGGCUUCAACCAGGUGCAGGCCCUGCCUACCUUCAUCUGGAUGUUGCGCUGCAUCUAUGAGACGCAGAGUGAGAAGGUGGGGCAGCUGGCGGCCAGGGGCAUCUGCGCCAACUACCUCAAACUGACCUUCUGCAAUGCCUGCCCGGCUGACUGCAGUGCCCUCUCCUUCGUCCUGCACCACUUUCGCAAGCGGCUGGCGCUCGACCUGGACAACAACAACCUCAACGACUUCGGUGUGCGGGAACUGCAGCCAUGCUUCAGUCGCCUCACUGUCAUCAGACUCAGUGUGAACCAGAUCACUGACAGUGGGGUGAAGGUGCUAUAUGAAGAACUGACCAAAUACAAAAUUCUGACAUUUUUAGGCUUGUACAACAACCAAAUCACUGAUGUCGGAGCCAGGUACAUCGCCAGAAUCCUGGAUGAGUGCAAAGGCCUCACACACCUGAAAUUGGGAAAAAACAAAAUAACAAGCGAAGGAGGAAAGUGUCUCGCUCUGGCUGUGAAGAACAGCAAAUCCAUCUUUGAAGUUGGGAUGUGGGGCAAUCAAAUCGGUGAUGAAGGAGCAAAGGCCUUCGCAGAGGCUCUGAGGAAUCACCCCAGCUUGACCAACCUGAGUCUUGCAUUCAAUGGCAUCUCUACAGAAGGAGGAAAGAGCCUCGCAUUGGCCCUGCAGCAGAAUACAUCUCUGAGAAUAUUCUGGCUUACCAAAAAUGAACUUGAUGAUGAAGUGGCAGAGAGCUUUGCAGAGAUGUUGAAAGUCAACCAGACAUUGAAACAUUUAUGGCUUAUCCAGAACCAGAUCACAGCCAAGGGGAUUGCCCAGUUGGCAGAGGCAUUACAGAAGAACACUGGCAUAAUGGAGAUUUGCUUAAAUGGAAACUUGAUAAAACCAGAGGAGGCCAAGGUCUUUGAAGAUGAGAAGCGGAUUGUCUGUUUUUGA